AUGUAUGAAAUUGUGAGGGACAAGCCAUUGACUCGGCCGUGUGAAGUGGUGACUAUUUUGAAGAGGGAUUAUGGGCUAGAUGUGAGUUACCACGUGGUAUGGUUGGGCGUGGAGAAAGCAAAGGCUGUUAUUCAUGGAGAUCACUCAUUAUCGUUUGACCAGCUGCGGUGGUAUUCAGAUGCUGUAAUGCGUUACAAUCCGGGGAGUUAUGUCAAUAUUGACUAUGAUACGAGUAGUCGACAGUUUUGUCGUUUCUUUGUAUCAUUCGCUGCGUGUAUUUCUGAGUUCAAUUCUUGUUGGUCUUUAUUAUUCCUGGAUGGAACAUUCCUCAAAAGAAAGUAUAAAGGUCAGCUACUUGUGACAAUGGCGAAAGAUAGAAACAAUGGUUUAUUUCCUAUUGCAUUUGCGAUUGUUGAUUCAGAGACCACGGCCAAUUGGCCGUGGUUCUUACACGAACUUGGGAAGGUUAUUGAUGGUAAGCACCAGAUUACUUUUAUUUCCGAUUGUAAUCUUGGUCUGUUAGAAGCUAUGUUAAAGGUGUUCCCAUCAGCUCAUCACGGGUUCCAUGAAAAGCUUGCGAAAUUAAAAGAGGAGGGUAAGCAACGAGCACAUACUUUUUUCAAGGACUUAGCACCUGAGCACUGGGCAAAUUCAUACUUCAGGGGCAUGCGUUAUGGGGAGAUGACAUCCAAUGCGGCGGAGUCAUUUAUAAUUAGAUUAAAGAAACACGCAAUCUUCCUAUAA